UUUUUGUGAGCAACUAAUUUCCUAAUUCUCGAAACCCCAAAUUGGCACUGCCGUGCCGGCGGAAAUGGCGGCCCAGGGCACACACCUCCUCCAAUUAGUUCUGUCCUGCCGGAAAAUCACGGCGCAGGUGACGUGCAGCAGCUCGAAGUCGAUCGUAGCCAUGGCCUCAUCGACCGAGGAAGAGUUCAUCAAAGCUUACAGAGCGAAAUUGAACCGGUUCCCACGGUCGAGCAUCUACUGGGACUCGAAGACCGCAUCGCGAAUCGGCGAUAAGAUCGGGAUCCGCCUCCAAGAGAAGGGCGUGUCGAGCGUGGGAAUCGACGUGCGGGAGGAGCUGUCGAGGCCUAUCCACUACCGCAGGCUGCUGGGGCCCUUCUUCGAAUCGGUGAAGCGGACUGGAAUCACCGUCAGCGGCGCCGAGGAUUUGGUUUUCCUCGGCCGGUGAUUGAUUGGUGAGGUAGUGCAAUUGGAUCAUCUACGCAGACGCAUUUGUUUAAUUCUGUUUUGGAUUUUGAGAUAGUAUUGUCUGUUUAUACAAUUUUGAGCUGGUGUUUAAUAACUGCUCAAAUUCGGAAUGAUGGAUUGAGCAAAUAGUGGUGCUAACUAUGUUGAUAGAAUCAUCUUCAAAAAUCAAUUGCAUAUAUUUUGCAUUUCGGUUUA